CCAUUGCUCCAGCAGCUCCAGAGAGCUGCCUGCCUCUUGUUCCUGCUCCUGCUCUGCUCCCUGGCUGCUGCCCGGCAGAGUCUGCCCGAGUGCUGCCGGCAGAAGACCUGCUCCUGCCACAUCUAUGACCUCCUGCACGGCAUGGGCAACCAUGCCGCCGGCAUCCUCACGCUGGGCAAGAGGAAGAGUGGCCCCCCGGCAUUCCAGAGCCGGCUCUACCGCCUGCUGCACAGCUCCGGCAACCACGCCGCGGGCAUCCUCACCAUGGGCAAGCGUGGGGAGCGCCCUGGCACCACCUGCCACGACGCAUCGGGCUGCCCCAUGGGUGCAGGCACUGACACCAGCCCCGCCAGCCCCAGGGACCAGUGCCAGGGGAAGGACCUGACCAAGAGCCAAGCCCAGAGAGCUGCUAAGAGCUUUUAUUGA